GGAAUAUUCCGCUAAACUUACCUUAUUUAAUAAUUAAAAUUCUCAAAAACCUUACCAAUAAACAUUAUCAAACAAUUUUAAAUUUCAUGUGGCUCAAUCAAAAUGGCAUUUGUUUAUCAGGGUGAUCCUGAUUUAGAAUCUAAGGCAAAGAAAGCUGCUGAACGAAUAUCUGAAAAUAUGCAUAUCGUGGCGAACGAGCCAUCGCUGGCUUUGUUCAGAUUACAAGAACACGUCAGGAAAGCUUUGCCACCGAUGGUCGAGAGGCGAGUCGAAGUCACUAAGCUUCAACAUGAACUACAAGGAAGAUGCUACGAUGUGGAAUAUGCUCUGAGUGCAGUGAAAUCAAUGGACGGAGCAGCAAACAGCUUUAUGAAUAUUCAGGAGAUGCUAAAACAAUCUAUAUUUUUAAAACAGCAGUUAAAAUAUGAGGAAGCGAGGAGAAAUAAAAAAGAUUCUAAUUCAGUAUACAAACGUCUAUCUGCUCACAUUGUGCUUGAUUUGCCUGAUUUGUCCGACUUCUCUAUGGUCAGAGAAACCACAAAUAGAAUCGAAAACAUGAUGGCACAUGCCAGAGGCUCCACUGCUGAGCUGCACAGAUCUCACACUACACUUCAUUAGAUAAUACUAACAUUUAAUUGGUUUGUGUAUACAAUGUCUUGCUAAGAGUUUGGUUGCUUGUGUUAAACGGGCCUGCUUUUCUUUGCUAAAUAUUUUCAUAUUGGUGGUUGAAUCAAUAGGUAUUCUACUAAU